AUGGCUAAAGACUCGCUGUCAGAAGCUGGACUGCACUUUGAUGAACUCAACAAGCUGCGCAUCUUGGAUCCAGAUGUGUCUCCCAGCAAACCACCGAACUCAAAGAGGAAUGCAGGGAGUUUGUUGACAAAAUCGGUGAUUUUCAGAAAAUUGUGGGCGGAUUAAUCGAUAUGGUGGAUCAGCUGGCUAAAGAAACAGAAAAUGAGAAAAUGAAGGCUAUUGGUGCUCGCAAUCUGUUGAAAUCCAUCGCUAAACAACGAGAAGCACAGCAACAACAACUGCAUGCGUUAAUAGCAGAAAAGAAGAUGCAAUUAGAAAGGUAUCAGAUAGAAUAUGAAGCUCUUUGUAAAGUAGAAGCUGAGCAGACCGAAUUUAUUGACCAAUUCAUCCUGCAGAAAUAA